CCCCACGCCCCCACCUCGCCUUCCCGCAACGCGUGUCCUUGUUGCGGUGUCGCCCUCGCCGAACGCACUCCGCCAUCGAAACGUGUCCUCGAAGAAAGCGACCGGGGUGGGGGUGAGGAUGAUCUAUUGACUCUGGUGGUGGAUUCCUUCGAAGCAAUCCGAACGCUGCCCCUGUUUCGUUCGGCGUGGGGUCGGUGUUGGGCGGGCGGAUGGAGGAGAGGUACGAGCUGCUGAAGGAGCUGGGAGCCGGGAACUUUGGGGUGGCGAGGCUGGUGAAGGACAAGAAGACGGGCGAGCUCGUUGCAGUCAAGUACAUCGAAAGGGGGAAGAAGAUCGAUGAGCAUGUGCUGAGAGAAAUAAUUAACCACAAGUCCUUGAGGCAUCCUAAUAUCGUCCGGUUCAAGGAGGUAGUGCUGACACCAACACAUCUAGCCAUAGUCAUGGAAUACGCUGCUGGUGGUGAACUCUUUGAGAGGAUAUGCAGUGCCGGUCGGUUUAGUGAAGAUGAGGCAAGGUAUUUCUUUCAGCAGCUGAUAUCGGGAGUCAGUUAUUGUCAUUCUAUGGAAAUCUGUCACCGUGAUCUUAAACUCGAGAAUACACUCUUGGACGGAAGUCCAACACCGCGUGUUAAAAUAUGUGACUUUGGGUACUCAAAGUCUGCUUUGUUGCAUUCACAACCCAAGUCAACAGUGGGUACUCCAGCCUACAUCGCACCGGAAGUACUAUCAAGAAAAGAAUACGAUGGCAAGAUUGCAGAUGUUUGGUCUUGUGGUGUCACAUUGUACGUGAUGUUGGUUGGCUCAUACCCAUUCGAGGAUCCCGAAGAUCCCAGAAACUUCCGGAAGACUAUAAGUAGAAUACUAAAUGUUCAGUACUCCGUCCCCGAUUAUAUUCGUAUAUCUUCAGAGUGCCGGCAACUUCUAUCACAAAUUUUCGUCGCCAACCCAUUGAAGAGGAUUACAAUUCCGGAGAUAAAACAGCAUCCUUGGUUUCUAAAGAACCUUCCCAAAGAAAUCAUAAAUGGUGAGAAGACAAACUUCGAAGGCAACGAUGAUCAGCCCUCCCAGAGCGUCGAAGACAUCAUGCGCAUCAUUGAAGAGGCAAAGAAGCCGGCAGAAUACCCCAAAGUGGCCAACAAUCCAGUUUCGGAGUUGGUGGAAGUUGAUGAAGUCGAUCCCGACGAUGAGACCGAAGUCGAAAGCAGUGGGGAUUUCCUAGAAUCCAUUUGACUUGUGAGUCUUGCAAGCAUUGUGACUGAGCUGCACAGAUUUGUACGUGUUUGUGGAUUGUGUCUAUUGUUCUUGGAGUGAGUCUGAAUCUGUUAUGCUGUGGUGCUGUUGUUGUCGAUUUAAAGAUGUUCACCUUAAAAGCAUGAUAAUUAAUGACA